AUGACCUUUGCCGCGCCCGUCGACGCUGCGGCCGCUCCGACCUCUCUGGCCAAGCGCGCAACCUACAUCUACAAAUGCAUGUUGACUGCCGACUCUGGCCCCAUAGUUGCCGCCUUCGUUUUCACCAUGGUCUUCGACAAUGGCACUUUGGUCUCGACCUCGACGCCAGAGGCAGGAGCUUACAUUGGCGAAUCGGACAAUGGUACUCAGCCCGAAACUUGGUACCAAGUCGCGUAUGACAAUCACCAUGGCAAUACGUUCAGCCUCAGGAUGAAUUUGAACACAAUGGGCGCGUUGGACUCGUUCGGCUUUGCAGGAGCCUCCACGGGUCACACGGGCACCGCAGCAGAUGUCCAUUUUGUGUGCAAUGGUCAGACGAUCAGGCAGACUUGA